AUGUCGGAUGCAAAAUAUUUUCAACGAGGGAAGAUCCAUGAACUUCGCACCGAGUUAAAUAACUCGGAAAAAAAAGACAAACAACACAUAAAAAAAAAGACCGUAUUAAAGAAAAUUGUGGCCAAUAUGACUAUGGGUAAUGAUAUGUCGUCUUUGUUUCCUGAUGUUAUAAAUUGCAUGCAAAUACCUGUGCUAGAAAUCAAAAAGAUGGUAUAUCUUUAUUUAAUCAAUUAUUCGAGAACGAAACCAGAUUUGGCAGUUAUGGCCAUUCCAACUUUUUUGAAG